CAUAGGUGGAGCAGUUUGCGAAACCUGGGGGCGCCGCUGCAAGCUUUCAGCGAGAGAGGAGGGAGCAGUGGAGGGGCCCUUGGCACCUUCCCAGCCUGCGCCCAGAUGCUGCGAGCCCUGACCGGUGCCCUGCGCCUUCCACGCCCCUGGAGACCCCUACAGACCCGCAGCUGCGCCUCCGAUGGGGCGGCUGGGGACCCGGAAAUCCAAGUGCGCGUCCUGGCAGGUCCAGACCAAGGAAUCACGGAGAUCCUGAUGAACAGACCAAGUGCCCGUAAUGCCCUGGGGAAUGUCUUGGUCCGUGAGCUUCUGGAAGCUCUGGCCCGGCUGCGGGAGGACCAGCAAGUACGCGUUCUGCUAUUCAGAAGUGGAGUGAAGGGUGUGUUCUGUGCAGGUGCAGACCUGAAGGAGCGGGAGCAGAUGAGUGAGGCGGAAGUGGGGAUCUUUGUCCAGCGGCUCCGAGGCCUGAUGAAUGAGAUUGCAGCCUUCCCGGCACCCACUAUUGCGGCUAUGGACGGGUUUGCCUUGGGUGGAGGCCUGGAACUUGCCCUGGCCUGUGAUCUCCGAGUAGCAGCAGCUUCCUCGGCUGUCAUGGGGCUGAUUGAGACCACCCGAGGGCUCCUCCCAGGAGCAGGAGGGACUCAGAGGCUGCCUCGAUGUCUAGGGGUGGCCCUGGCAAAGGAGCUCAUCUUCACAGGCCGAAGACUGAGUGGUGCACAGGCUCAAGCCCUGGGGUUGGUGAACCACACUGUUUCCCAGAAUGAGGAGGGCAAUGCUGCCUACCACCGGGCAAGAGCGCUGGCCCAGGAGAUCCUGCCCCAGGCACCCAUUGCUGUGCGGCUGGGCAAAGUAGCCAUUGACAGAGGAAUGGAUGUGGACAUCGCAUCAGGGAUGGCCAUUGAAGGGAUAUGCUAUGCCCAGAACAUCCCCACCCAGGACCGGCUAGAGGGCAUGGCAGCCUUCAGGGAGAAGCGGCCCCCCAGAUUUGUUGGCAAAUGACUCCCAUUUAAGUAUGGGAGAUGCAAGCCAUCAAGGGCAAGAUCCACAAGGACAAUGAUAGAUAUAAAACAACUGGCAUGGUGUCUGAUACCAAGGUACUGACCAUGCCACUGACUGCUACCUUCAUUAUUCCUUAUCCUGGGGCUAGAUGACCACUGGGGUCAAGUUAGCUUUGGAGAAUAUCUGUCUCUCCCUAUUUAAAUGGUAAACUAAGGAUUAAAAUAGACUACUCUGGGUCUUUAUAUUAUUGACUCUCAGGCCUGGCCUGACCUCUGCCACUCAAUUAUCGGGUGCUCACCAGAGACAGCAAAAGGUUGUAAGAACCCUCCAGUUUCUUCCUCCAUACAAUAGGGAUAAUAUGGAUGGAAACCCUGGUCAUGGUAGAACAGGCAUCAGGAAUCAGACUGCAGAUCCCAGCUCUCCUAGUUAUUCAUUGUGUGCCUCAGCUUCUUCAGCUGCAAAAUGAAACUGUUAAAAACAAAAAAGCCUAUGCCUCAUGUUCAAUAAAUGUGAGUUAUUAUUACUGUACAAUGCUCGUGAGA